GGGGGGAGGCUGCCGGUGCCUCCGGCCACGAGAGGGGGAUCGGAGCUGCGGCGGCAGCAGCUGCGGCCGGGGGGGCGGGGAGGAGGGGGCCGGAGCCCGCUCCCCUCAGCUCGAGGCGCUGUGCCCGCAGGCGGCGGCGAUGGAGGAGGGCAUGAGCAGCAUGCAGCAGAAAGCGACCGAGCUGGAGCACAUGGCCGAGGUCCUGCUGACCGGCGAGCAGCUGCGGCUCCGACUGCAUGAAGAGAAGGUCAUCAAAGACCGGAGGCACCACCUCAAGACGUAUCCCAACUGCUUUGUUGCCAAAGAGCUGAUUGACUGGCUGAUUGACCAUAAGGAGGCCUCGGACCGAGAGACAGCAAUUAAACUUGUCCAGAAGUUAUUGGAUCACAGCAUUAUCCAUCAUGUUUGUGACGAGCAUAAAGAAUUCAAGGAUGCCAAACUGUUCUACCGCUUCAGAAAAGACGAUGGGACAUUUCCGCUGGAUAAUGAGGUGAAGGUGUUCAUGAGAGGACAAAGACUGUAUGAAAAGUUGAUGAGUUCUGAAAAUACUCUUCUGCAAGCCAGGGAAGAGGAAGGGGUCAAGUACGAGCGAACCUUCGUGGCAUCAGAGUUCAUUGACUGGUUGAUCCAGGAAGGAGAGGCCACAACACGGACUGAAGCCGAGCAGCUUGGCCGCAGGCUUUUGGAGCAUGGGAUUAUACAGCAUGUGUCCAACAAGCACCAUUUUAUGGACAGCAAUUUGCUUUACCAGUGCAGGAUGAAUUUCCGCCGGCGGCGGCGGCUGAUGGAGCUGCUCACCGAGAAGUCUCGCCUGGUGCCAGAAAGCCACGACAGCCCCUUUUGCCUGCGCAAGCAGAACCAUGACAACAGAAAACACACCAGUUUUCUGUCAGUGAGCCCCACCAAGGAGAUAAAGAUCGUGUCGGCGGUGCGGAGGAGCAGCAUGAGCAGCUGUGGCAGCAGUGGGUACUUCAGCAGCAGCCCCACGCUCAGCAGCAGCCCCCCGGUGCUCUGCAACCCCAAGUCCGUAUUAAAGAGACCGGUGACUGCUGAUGAGCUUUUGAUGCCUGGAGCUCCAUACGUCAGGAAAACUUUUACAAUCGUUGGCGAUGCAGUUGGCUGGGGCUUUGUGGUGCGGGGCAGCAAGCCAUGCCACAUUCAGGCUGUGGACCCCAGCGGGCCGGCAGCUGCAGCUGGCAUGAAGGUUUGUCAAUUUGUUGUCUCCGUCAAUGGUCUCAACGUUCUGCAUGUGGACUACAGGACAGUGAGCAACCUCAUCCUGACAGGCCCGCGAACAAUUGUCAUGGAAGUGAUGGAAGAAAUAGAAUCCUGAGAAGAAGGGAUCUCUUACUGGACGUUUUUGUGGGAAAACAGCCAAUCACAAGGCAGCAUGACACACAGAGGCACCACUUUCUGUGCCCAAGUAGAUGAUUUUGCUUUUGGGGAAGGGGGUUCUCUUUCAUUUAACGAUAAUAGCACUGGUUAUUAUGCUAAGAAGUGAGCAAUAGAUACCAGCAUAUUUUCACUAAGGACUUCUCUUUGCUUGUCAAAGACAAAGGAAAGGCCCUUGGGUUGUCUCUCCAGCCAAGUCUGCAUCCGUCAGAAUGGUUUCCCACCUAAGAGGCCGUGCAGAUUUCCUCACAGUCCACCACUGGAUCAAACACUUCAGGAGAUGAAAGAACCACAGACACUGUGAGCCAGGAUGUCACAGACGGUGUGUGGGACAUACUGACGUGGGUAAACAUCCUCUGGUCGUGGAGAGCUGGGUGACUGCUGGCUUUAUUGCCACCGAACACAAAGGAACUGUGAAUGCAUCUCUGUGAAACAAAUGUGUUCAUGUUCUGUAGAGGAUACUGUGGGUGGAUGUUCGGGCCUGAUAGAGCAGAUUAUUCUAAAAGAAAAACACAGCACCAUGCAAGUGUGAGAGCAUGUGCUACUUUUACAAAGUAAAGCAAUCUGGCCUUUGAAAAUCAGGCAAUUUGUGUAGAUGCUGAAGCACAGAUGUAGGUACUCAACUACAAAAUGUUGGGUUUUGUUUGUUUGUUUUCUUUAUACAGAAAGGAAAGGUGUCUCAGUCUCAUUGUUUGUCACUUUGGAGAAUUUUCAGACACCUUUGUUCCUAGAAGAAAAAUAAUAUUUAGUGCGGUGAGGUGGGAAAUUCGCUGUGUUAGCAUUAGCAAUGACACAUCCAGGUGCUCCAGUAGAGAAAUUACACUUCAAAUUGAAGCAAUGUACAUGAAUGUACAUUAAGCUCAUUAGCACUUUCAAAUCAUCAAUGUUCUGCAAGCUACAAACUUGCUACAAGUCGCAUUUGACACUAUUACUAAUAAAAAAUAGUAUUUAACUGACUCUUACUCAUUUUUAAACUGUAGGAUUUCUUUGUUGAUGAAUUUAUGGAACAAAUCUUUAAAAAAAUAAUAUAUAAAAAUUCUAUAUUCUGCUGAGCGAGGUGACUUCCUAACCCUGUGGUGAUUGGACUCCAUGGACAUUCUUUGAUCUUUGAGCUGAAUAUGUACAUCCUUGUCCACAUAAUUCUGGGUAUACAUUGCAGUCUUUCUCUGCUGUCUAAAUUUUGCAAUUAAAGCUUGAACUUCUACAUGAGUAUACCAAAAAUCCUUCACCUUUGGGGUGGGGAAAGUAUUUUUCCCCCAAAUAAUUUUGGCAUAUAUUUUAUAUUAAAAAUUGUUCUCACUGAA